AUGGGCGAUGUCCGGAUCGUGUCCCGGUGCAUGGUCCGCCCGGAGCCAAGCAUACGCCGGCCCCCGGAGCAUAAGCCGGAGACCAUCCACCUGACGCCGUGGGAUCUCCGGAUGUUGGCCGUGGAUUACAUCCAGAAGGGCGUGCUCCUGCCCAAGCCCCCCGCCGCAACCACCCAAGGACAGGGACCCAGCGUCCCCGUCGUGGACCGCCUCGCGUCGUCCCUGGCGAGCGCCCUGGGCCGCUUCUACCCUCUCGCCGGCCGCCUCGCCGUCAACGAAGACGGGGACGGAGCCGGCCAAACCAUCUCGCUCCGUUGCAGCGACGAGGGCGCCGAGUUCCUGCACGCCGUGGCGCCGGGUGUCACCGUCGCGGACGUGACCGCUCCGCUAUGUAUCCCGCGUGUGGUCUGGUCGUUCUUCCCGCUCAACGGGGUGCUCGGCGCGGAGGCCACCACGGGCUCCUGCCCGGUGCUGGCCGCUCAGGUCACCGAGCUCGACGACGGCGUCUUUGUUGCCAUGUCGCUCAACCACGGGGUGGCCGACGGGACCACCUUCUGGCACCUGUUCAACACCUGGUCGGAGCUCAGCCGGCGUAGAGUCGACGGCGGCUGCCAGUGCGAGAUCUCCUCGCCGUUGCCGGGGUUCGAGAGGUGGUUCCCGGACGGCUGCGCCGUCCCCAUCCCUGUACCCUCGGGCAAGCUGGACGACAUGGUGGGGCAGCGUCGACGUGCAUAUGGCCAGCGCCCACCGGUGCAGGAAUGCUUCGUGCGUUUCUCCGGGGAGAGCGUGAAGAAUCUCGUGUCGAAGGCGAACGCCGAGAUGUCUGGCUCAGGCACCCCCAUAUCCUCGCUGCAGGCCGUGCUCGCGCACCUGUGGCGCGCGGUGUGCCGCGCCUGGAGGCUGGCGCCAGAACAGGUCACGCGGUACGUCCUCCUCGUCGGAUGCCGGGGCCGCGUGGACGGCGUGCCGGCGGCCUACUCUGGCAGCGCAGUGUCGCACGUCGCGGCCGAUUCCACCGCCGGCGAGAUCCUCGAGAAAGGGCUGGGCCGCGCGGCGUGGCUGCUGAACAGGGCCGUGGCGUCGUUCCACGCGGCGCGCGAGAGGGGGAAGCUCGCGGGCUGGGCCCGGGAGCCCAGCUUCGCGUUGCCGCCGGCGCUCGCGCGGGGCGCCGGCGCUCCCGCGCUGCUGAUGACGGGGAGCUCGCCGCGGUUCGACGUGUACGGCAACGACUUCGGGUGGGGCGCGCCGGUGGCGGUGCGGAGCGGCGGGGGGAGCAAGCUGGCCGGGAAGGCGACGGUUUACGAGGGCGGGUGCGGCGCGGGGAGCAUUGCGCUGGAGGUGUGCCUCGCCCCGGACGCGCUCGCCAGGCUCGUCGCCGACCAUGAAUUCAUGAGCGCCACCGUGCCGUGA